GCGCUUAUUGUCAGUCCUAGCAUUUUCUCUGGGAUUUUUUUUCCGAUCAAAGAUGAAAGCGAUUCUGGUAAGAACCGGCUCCGGCCCGAUCCAAGCACCUUUCGUCAUUGUUUCUCCGAAAGGAUCGUUUUCCGACCACGAUUCCGGGGUCGGAAUCUCGUUUCCCGGCAGAAAUUCCACGGCUUCUCCUCGCUCCGUCCUGCAUUCCGAAUCGAAAGAGAAAGGGCAGUUCCCGACGAAUUUUCGGCGAACGCUAUCGGAUACCGAUCUGAUCCGAUAUGAAAACAGCCGAUUCCGAAGCUUGAAUCGAGUAUUUUCUCGUUCGAUCCCGGCCAGGAUAGCAGAGGACGAAGCUCUGUCGGAAGAGAGUGUCGAUCUGCAGACGGAAGGAGAAGAGGACAAAGGAUCCUCGAUUUUGAAGAAAAAGAGCUUGGAACUUGGAAUAUCGGGGAUUUUGCCGGAGAAUGAGAUUCUGGUGGAGGAAUUGGAGUUUUCCGGCGGUGGAAUAGGGAAAGGAAGGAAGGUCGGUGGUGGAAAUGGCGGUGGAAGAGGAGGCGAUGGGGGCGGAAACGGCGAUCAGAACGGAAUCGGAGCUUAUUACGAGGAGAUGUUGAAAGCGAACCCUGGGAAUCCUCUCCUUCUGGGGAAUUACGGGAAGUUCCUUCACGAGGUGGAGAAAGAUUUUGAAAGAGCGGAAGAGUAUUACGGGAGGGCGAUCUUGGCGAACCCUGAAGAUGGAGAGAUUUUGUCGCUUUACGGGAAGCUGAUUUGGGAGACGCAAAGGGACCAAGGAAGGGCCCGCGGCUACUUCGAUCAGGCCGUCAAUGCCUGCCCCGACGACUGCUACGUGCUUGGUUCGUACGCUCGAUUCAUGUGGGACGUGGAAGAGGACGAGGAAGAUGAGGGGGAAACGCAAGCCGUGGCAAGAUCCUCACCGUUGGUUGAGGCGCAUUGACAAAUCAGUUAUAUGUUUAGUGUCUUUAAUUUUCUGCGUAGCUGACCGUAUUAUAUGAGAGAUAAGCCAGGCCAACUCGACAGAGUGGACUUUGGAAGUGAACUCACCUUGCAUGCGGCAACGAGAGGCAUAUAUGGGGAAAGAUCAGAGCCGCUCAUCAGGAGAUCCCAACCUCAUUAGAUGCCAUUUCUCAAAAUUCAGGCUGCCAUUUAUCAUUAAGUGGGCAUACGUGUGCAAAGACGAAGAAGGGUUAACAGAAAUCGACUAAAAGGUCAGAAUUCUACAUGCAUGUGUUGCUUCCCCUGAUUUCUGAAACAUGGCGUUUACAGGGGUAGGGAUCACCUGACAACUAGAUCUGAUCUUGCACACCUGUGCUUCGUUGCCAUGUGUUGGUUACUACGGUUGUAAUUUCUGAUGCUGACCGCUAUAAAAUGUAUAAAAUAAAUAAAUAUGUGGCAGUGAAGUAUGGGUA